AGCUUACUCUGCUGUGGCGCGCGCACCGUCGACGCUGUCUGCAAUGAAACUGAAAGUGCUUAAAAAUUGACUUUGUCGUCGGAAAGAAUUGAAAUUAUAAAAUGUGUUUUUCUUAUUGUAGACAGUUCCUAAUGUUGAUGGCAUGAUGUCACUAUUGGAGUAUGAAAAUGAGAUGUUUCUGAAUGCAUUUCAUGAGGAUGGAUUACUCGUGGUUGCGCGAGGACUUGGUAUUUCUCGUCUGAUGCUGAAUUUUCUCAAGCUUUACUGUGAUCCGGGCAAUUUGGUCCUUGUUAUUAACACCACUGAUUAUGAGGAGAACUAUCUUAUUGAUGAAUUGGAUAAGGCUGGUGUCAAACCACUCCCGAAGGUCAUCACUAAUGAGUAUGGAACCAACGAGAGGCAGGGUGUAUACAUGCAGGGAGGUGUGUUGUUUGUAUCAUCCAGAAUACUCGUUGUUGAUCUCCUUACACAGAGAUUAGCUGCUCACCUUAUUACAGGCGUCAUCGUCAACAAGGCUCACAAGAUCAUAGACUCUUGCCAGGAGGCUUUCAUCCUGCGUCUAUGCCGUCAAAAGAACAAGACAGCUUUCAUCAAGGCUUUCUCAGAUCAACCUCAAGCCUUUGCUGCAGGGCUGUGUAAGCUAGAGAGGGUCAUGAGAAAUCUCUUUGUCAAGAAAUUGUUCCUCUGGCCAAGGUUCCAUGCUUCAGUACAAGCCUUGAUGGACAAACACAAGCCUGAUGUUAUAGAGCUUCAGCUGACGAUGACCCCUGCUAUGGUAUCCAUUCAGAUGUCCAUCCUUGAUAUCAUAGGAGCUUGUAUCAAAGAAGUCAAACAGGGAAAUCCAUCAUUGGAUUCUGAUGACCUGACUGUUGAGAAUGCGAUUGGAAAGAAAUCUCUAGACAUUAUCAUUAGAAGACAACUGGAUCCUAUUUGGCACACCCUGUCCUCGAAGACAAAGCAGCUGGUCAGUGAUUUGAAGCUUCUGCAGAUGUUAUUGUUCUAUUUGACACAAUAUGAUUGUGUGACAUUCUACAACUUCCUCAAGACUCUCAGAGGCAAUGAGCGGGCUAUGGCUAAUAAUACCGGCUGGUUAUUCUUGGAAGCUGCUGAGAUGAUGUUUGUGCAUGCUAAGAGGAGGAUAUAUGGUGAUCCACCCGACAGCAAAAACAAGAAACAAAAGACGGACAAAAAGGAGACUGCUACAAACACCAAACCAACAGAGAGAGAGCUUCUUUUAGAAGAGAAUCCAAAAUGGAGGAUGUUAUCAGAAGUCUUGGAGGAGAUCAGACAGGAGAAUACAGGAGAUACAUCUGGUCGUGUGUUGAUCUGUGCCAGUGAUGACAGGACGUGUGCUCAGCUAAGGGAGUAUCUGUCUGAUGGUUCCUAUACCUUGCUUCAGAGACUAUAUUAUAAAACACUAGGAGCAGGGCAGCCCUUCACUGCUACUGCUGCUCAGGCUUCGGGCACAUCAAGUUCUAAUUUAGGAGGCAAGGAUGCAAGAGGAAGGGGUAAAGGUGAAAGGUCAAGAGGGGGGAAGGUCAAGAGGAAGCAUGAGGAUCAUGUCGUCACUCUGACCCAGUUAACAAGGAAAUAUGGUGGUGGUCAAGAUGGCCAGGAUGAGGAUGGUGAAGCUGAUGAGGAUGAUUCUCAGAGGGCGAGGUUACCAAGCACCAGAUCAAUAGAUGUUGAUGAGGAGAUACAGAUAUCAUCAAUAGAAGCAUACUAUGAUAUAGAGACCAUACCCCUCACCGUGAUACACCCGCUUCAUGGUUGUAGAGAUCCUUACAGUUUAACAAAGACCCUACAUGAAGUGGAACCAAGAUAUGUAAUCCUUUAUGAUGCCGAGAUCCAGUUUGUCAGACAGCUAGAAGUAUUCAAGGCAUGCAGACCCAACCAUCCUCUCCGAGUGUACUUCCUCAUCUACUCUGGAUCCACAGAAGAACAGAAGUACCUCACCUCACUCAGGCAGGAGAAAAGUGCCUUCGAGAAUCUCAUCAAAGAGAAGUCUACUAUGGUACUUCCUGCUGAUAUAGAUGGGAAGGACGACACCUCCAGUCAGCUGUCACGUGACCCAACGUUACCAUCGGCAUCCAGCUCUAGGAACGCUGGAGGUCAGGCAAUGGUGACGCAAGGCCAGAAAAAGGUGAUUGUUGACAUGAGAGAGUUCCGGAGUGAGUUACCAUCGUUGAUUCAUAAGAGAGGUAUUGACAUUGAACCAGUCACUUUAGAGGUUGGAGACUACAUCUUAACCCCCGACAUCUGUGUAGAACGUAAGAGUAUCAGUGAUCUGAUUGGUUCGUUAGCUAGUGGUAGACUCUAUAACCAGGCCCUUUCUAUGACUAGAUUCUACAAGAGACCCGUACUACUCAUUGAAUUCAAUCCAAAUAAAUCAUUUGCUCUCCAGACUCAGUCCACCAUGUCGAAUGAGAUCUCCUACCAGAAUCUAUCAUCUAAGUUGACGUUACUAACCCUUCACUUUCCAAAGCUUCGCAUCCUCUGGUGUCCAAGUCCUCAUUCUACAGCAGAACUCUUUGAAGAACUCAAGAUCGGUAGGUCAGAGCCUGAUGCAGCUGUAGCAGCUAGUAUCACUGUUGAAGAAGAAGGAGCAGGAGAAGGGGGCAAUGAAUCCUCCCCUCUUACCAAACAGAUGUACAACCAUGGUCCUUAUGAUAUGCUCCUCAAACUACCUGGCAUUAAUAUCAAGAACUGCUGGAGGAUCAUGAGGAAUGUUGCUGACAUCACUGAACUGGUUUCACUAUCUCAGGAACGACUAGCCGAGAUCCUUGCCCACCAGGGCAAUGCCAAGUUCCUCUGGGAGUUUCUCCAUAAAGAAGGAGGAGGGGAGGCAGAGGGGUCCACCGGCAGACCAGGAGGGGGAGGGAAGUUUGCUGGGAGGGGCAGGUUUGGGAAGGGUGGUAGGGGGUUCGGUGGGGGCGGUAGAGGAAGAGGAGGGGUGGGGCGUGGGAGAUGAGAUCCUUGAACGUUGGGAUAAUGCCAAUUUCUUCGUAGAGUAGGGGUUGGUUCAGGAUUGGAAAUGGUCUUAUAAAGCAGGAGGGCGAAGGUGAGAUCAUUUCCGAAUGGACUGAUGUUAAUUUAUUUCUUAUGACUGGAGGAGUAUUUAUCAUCUUUGGAGAGUGAUUGAUCUUUUCAAGAAGGUUUUGCUUCAUCGACUCAACUGUCUCUCUUUCCUUUCAUCAAAUGCAAAUUUUUACUAUCACACAGAUAGUUUUGAGCGAUUUCUUACUCAGUCCUUGCGAGCAAGUCAAAUCCUGCAUUGUUGAUUACGAUGUAUAACACAUAUUUGUGUUAUACAUCACCUCACUAAUAUUCAUUGCAAUAAGUUGAAAUUUAAAGAAAUCCUUCUUCAAAAAUGAAGUUUUUGUUAUAAAUUGGAUUAUCCCGACUGCAUUAAAGAUUUGCAGAUGCUGUGCAACUAAGGCGCUCCAAUUGCAUAUGUGUAGGCUCAAAAUGUAGGGGGGGGGGUUGCUCACAGAGGCUUCUUUUGCAACAAGUUGAUUAGGCAAUGUACAUUAUGUUUACUGAUAAAUCUAUUCCAGAAAUGUAAAAUCAUUACAGAUGCUGUGUUGUGUCUUGCACAUACAAUCUAAUAUGCAUACGGCUAACGAAUUGGAAAUAUCAUAUUUGUAAAUAUUUUGAUAAUUAAGAAAUUAUUUCUUAUGUAGGGCAUGAAAUUGAAUAUAAAAUGAAUUUAUGUGGAGAUUGUAUAUAUAAUUUUUAUGCUUAUUUUUGCAAUAAAGAAAAAUCAGCAAGCAUUUUUCUCAGAAUUGCGAUGUCAUUUGUACAUUGUUCCCCAAUUUCAGAAGAGAUAUAAAUAAGAGGGAGUACAUAACCAUGGACUGCAGAUUUUGUGCACAUAAUUGCACUAAUCUUAGCAUUUACAUUUCAAAAAUCCGCAGGGUAUAUAUGUCCUCUUGGCAAAAGAUGCUAUAUUCAUGCUUAAUGGAAUGAGAUAUAC